CCCGGCACAGCUCACCUUCCAAGGGCAGUCGAUUGGUGCGGAACGUUUCAGUUUGUCCGUGACCGUCGACCGCGUCCAACAUGGUAAAGUGUGUGCUUCUCUGCCUGCUGGUGGGCCUCAUUGGCAGCCAGGCCCAAACGCCAACCCUGCUCCGCGACACCAUCUGGGGCGAGUUUCCCUCGGUGGUGCGGGUGAAAACGCCGCGCGAAAAUCAGUUCUGCCUCGGCACGGUCAUCAACAGCAACCACGUGCUGACGUCCGCCUUCUGCGUGCUUAGCUACGAUCGGAUGCGCAUCUUCCCGGCCCGGCUGGUGCGCGUGAUUGGCGGUGACAUUAGUGUGACGCCGGCCGCGAUCACCCGGCAGACGCGCACCGGGCAACACAUCUUUGUGCACGAAGACUACCGACCGCAUACGUACGAGAACAAUCUUGCCAUUAUUCGUCUUGCCGAACCCUUCCACCUGCCGAGCAAUGCGAUCGAGGAGGCCGUGAUACGGAUGCGCAUCGUGCCCGAGCAACAUCCGUGCGAUGUGGUGACCUGGUACAGGGCACCCGGGACGGAGGGUAACCCCAGCCAGGAAAUACCGCGCCAGCAGGCGUUCAACGUGAACAUCCGCAACCGGGAUGUGUGUGCGGCGGAACGGCGCACCGAGUUCACGCUCGAGGAAAACUCGCUCUGCACGUACACAACCACCACGAUCGGUGUCGUGCAGGGCGAUCCGAUGUUCUGUGACGGUGAGCUGACAUCGAUUCAGUCGUACGUGUUUCUUCCUCCGGUGACCGGGCAACCGCAGCCGCAGCCACAGAAUCAACCGAAUCUGGUAUCCACCCAGGUGCGGUUCUACCUGCACUGGAUACACACGCAGCUGAAUCGUACCCAACCGAUGCCGGGCGGGUGGAAUCCGGUAGAGUACUAGCAGGAGCAGAGGAUGAAGUUUUAGAUACAAUAAAGCUGUUUUUUGCCUUGCACGGUUUACUAGCAAAAUUGUCCCACAUUGAUCAAGUGCUUUGGCUCCGCGUUCGUGCUCGAGUUCCAUAUGCCAAAGAGGAAAAGUAACAUUAUCGUGUGAUGUUUUAGUGAUUAGAUGAUAUCUGACUCGAAAUCCACAAAGUCAGACAUUUUGUUGUGUUUCGUUCCUCAAACUUUGUUGUUCCUAUUCGUUGGAAUACGAUAUCAGACUAUGAACUUCGUCUAACCUUAUCGCUCGAUACAACCAAACAGUUGGGAUUAGCGCACCUGACAUGGAACAUUUAUGAUAAAGUGUUUCACUUUUUGGCUACAGUUAUGUGCGUUCAAGCAGUUAAAGAAACGCUCGAUUGUCCGAAUUCACUUCAGUCCGACGACCGUAGUCAAACAGUGUCGACAUCAUGGGAAAAGCAGUGCUCACGUCGAUUGUUCUGCUUGGAGCCAUACUUGGCUGCCGGGCUCAAGCCGAGACCGUAGUUCGGAACGUAGGAUUCGGUGAAUAUUCUUCGGUAGUGUUUGUCAGUACUCCGCGCCAUCAGCGAUGCAUGGGCACGGUGAUCAACGCCAACCACGUCUUGACGUCCGGUACCUGCGUCAUGACCGAUGGACAGGCUAGAAUUUAUCCGGCCCGUUUAGUGCUAGUCGUUGGAGGAGAUCUGUCCGUUACCAAUCCGGUCGUCACUCAGCAGACCCGCGUGGCGCAGCACAUUUUCGUGCAUGAACACUUUCGCCCUCGGUCAAACGAUAACAAUGUCGCUAUUAUACGACUGGCCGAGCCCUUUCACCUGCCCAGCAACGGCAUUGAGGAGGCACACAUUCGGAUGCGCAUCGUACCGCAAGGGCAUCAGUGUGAUGUUGUGAGAGCGGCUUUAACGAGCAACCCCGUUCUGCAGGCCUACAAUGUGCAGAUUCGUAACCGAAAUCUUUGCAACAGCUGCUGUACUCAAUGGUUUCGAGAUGAAAGUAACAUUUGCACUGAGGAAAUCACCAUCAGUGACAGCUUAUUGCAAGGCGAUCUAAUGUUUUGUGACAGAGAGUUGACGGCUAUCGCGGCCGCCAGUGUUAUCACUGGUCAAAUACGACGCUUUCAUUUCAACCAAGUACGAUUUUUCACGCACUGGAUACAGCAACAGCUCAUUCGUACGCAACCGAUGCCGGAAGGAUGGAGUCCAAAUGGCGUGCAGAUAACGAUGAAUAAUGAAUAACAAUAAAAAAAUACGAAAAACAUUAAAUUUAA